AUGGUGGUUGUGCACCGCUGGAGCGGCCUGCAGCGCUGGAGCGGCCUGCUUUUCUUCCUGGCUUCAUGGCUAUGCGCGGCAGAGGAUGAGGACCGUCAGUUGGCGCAGAACAUCUUCCACGCGCGAUCGCUGCUGCCGUGGGCGCCGAGCGCACGUGUUGAGGUGUACUACGCGGAGUUCUUGCUGGCACAGUGGGUCCUGGACCGAGCACCCUGGAACGCAUAUCAUUCUGGCCUAGCGUUCUUGAAUAAAGACACUGGCGAGAAGUGUCUUUAUGACUACAGCCCUGUGGACACCUCUUCAGUGAUGAGGAUGCUGAUCCCGGAGAUUCUUGCGAACAAGUUCGAAGUCUUCUUGGGAGACUACGAAUUGACUUGGUCGGAUCACGCCAGGACGCAAUUGACUCUAUCAUGGCCUUCCAACUACGAGCGCUUUGUUCUUCUAGGAGAUUUGAAUGGUCAGAUCUUUUUGGAGUUUGUCGAUUGGGUGGCCAAGUCCUUCGCACCAAAACACCACAUCUUCCAACCCAUCGAGGUGGCCGAUGUACUGCAACGGCAAAGUUUGGUGAACUCCAGCAUGUGUCACGACUUUGUCACAGAGGGCCUGUGGUUUCUCUACGCCAAGGGUGCUGAACUCCACCCGGAGGAGCACGUCUUUCGGGAUCACAUCAUCCUGUACGCCCAUGCAGCUCGGCUGCCCAAAGCCUCAUGGUCUACGAUGCGGCAAUGGCAGCGGUAUCUGCGGCAGCUGGACUUGUCCAUGGCCAGGAUCAAGAAACAAUUCACCUUUGCGCGCGAAGCAUUGCUGUGGAACUGGCGCUUGCAAUUGCCAACCUUCCUUCAUACAGAGAAUCAAAGCUUUCAGAUCGAUCUCGCGCCGCCCUUUCUGAACUACUGCUACUUGCCCUUGGCAAUUCCACCGGAGGUGCACAAUCCCUUCGGUGAGACAAAGCUUUGUGCCCUGGGGCUUCAGGCGAACACCAGCAACUCCACGGCUCCCUGGCCGUGGGGCACGCAGCUCACGGUAGAGGAGCACCUCGACCGGCCGGAGGCGACGGUUCCCGUGAGCGGUGCGCAGCUGGGUGCGCGAGCGGAUCGGCGAGCUCGGCCGAAGCGACGCCAGGGGUGGAUCAUGGUGAUUACUCUCAUGUCGCAGUGUCUCACAGAGGGUCUUCUUAUGGCGCCCGAAGGAGCUUUAAGCGCCUCCGAGCGGCAAGCACUUCAGGUGGCGCGCCAGGCGAUCAAAAAGGAGAGGUCCCAGUUGAGCGCCAGCCUGGCGAGGGCACAGGAGCGCUUGGUCGAGCUACAGGAACGUUGUCAGGUGCUGCGGGGGAAGAAGCAACGCCUGGAGCAGCGGAAGAAGGACUUGGAAGAGGAGGUGCAAAGAAACCAAGCGGCGAAGACUGAGCACGAAGCCAAAGUUGCUUCGGAAGAGGAGCAUUGGACCCAGGAGCAACGUCCCUCCUUGGAGGCGCAACUGGAGCUGCUGAAGCAGCACCGGGAUGCCUGGCAAGAGCUUUGCUCAAAAAUGCGAAGGCAGGUUGUACAGCAUGAGCACCAGCUGAAGGAGCUUCAAGAAGAGAACGAGGCAAACUUAAGGGAGCGAGAACGCUUGCAGGGCGAAUGUCUCAAUCUUCAAGAGGCCUGCGAAGAUGCCCAAGCCCAGUUGUCCGAUGCACAGCAUCAGCUCAAGGAGGACACUUCCACGGUGGAGAAGAUGGUGCUGGAACGAGUGGCCUUGGAGCAGACCAUGGAGGACAUGGGUUUUGCAUUGACAUCUCUGUGA